UUUUGCAUACACACAUACUGAGCAUGCGCUAGAGUUUACCUGGCAACGAUUGCGUCUCCUAAUUCUCACAAGUAAAGAUGAAUGAGACCAUCGUUGCCACUGCGUUGCUGUUGAGGAGAAAAGCUGUUAGAAAGCAAAGAGAAAAGGAAAUCUAUUUAAAAAAGAGAGCACGAGCUUUUAGGAGAAGGGCAUUUGCUGCCAAACAAGAAAAACAACGUCUUUGUUUUGCUAUUUUGCUGGCACUGACCACCCUCUCUAUAAAACUACCUACACCAAGGUCUAUAUGGACGAGACAAAGAAGCAGUUACUGGUGGGAUCAUAUAGUUUUCUCCACUUUUACGAACGACCAAUGGAUGGAGAACUUUCGUAUGUCAAAGACAACGUUUGUUAUGAUUUGUAACGAGCUACGAUCCAGCCUAAAAAAAUCCUCCACUACUAUGAGACAACCAAUACCAGUUGAAAAAAGAGUAGCUAUAUCUCUAUGGUUUAUGGCUACUGGUACUGACUAUAGGACAAUUGGACAUCUUUUUGGAGUCUCAAAAGCAUCGGUAUGUUUAGCCAUUCGUCAGGUAUGUCGUGCUAUACUUACCACACUUCUCGAAAGGUACAUAAAGUGGCCUUCUGGUGAAAAUCUAAAAAAUAUAAUCAGUGGAUUUAAGCAUAAGUUUGGGUUUCCUCAAUGUGUCGGUGCUGUAGAUGGUACACACAUACCAAUCAUAUCACCAGAAGACUACCCAGCAGACUACUACAAUAGGAAAGGAUGGCAUUCUGUUUUAAUGCAAGGUACUGUUGAUCACCUGGGAAUUUUUAUUGACAUUUAUAUCGGUUGGCCUGGUCGUGUACACGACGCAAGGGUAUUUGUUAAUUCGUCUCUGUAUAAGAAGGGUCAAGAAGGGACAUUGCUACCCAACUGGAAAGAAUCAAUUGAAGGUCAAGAAGUUCCCUUAGUUCUGUUAGGAGAUCCAGCUUAUCCUUUGCUACCAUGGCUCAUGAAACCCUAUUCAGAUAACGGACAUUUAACACGUGAUCAAAAAAGAUUUAACUAUAGACUAAGUAAAGGUAGAGUGGUUGUUGAGCAUGCUUAUGGAAGACUAAAAGGAAGAUGGAGGUGUUUAUUGAAGAGGUUGGAUGUUAGUGUAGAGUUUGUACCAGAUGUAGUUGCUGCAUGUUGUGUUUUACAUAACAUUUGUGAAAUACAUGGAGAGACAUUUAACAAUGAAUUGUUGGACGGGAUAGACGACACCUUAGUUCAGAGAAGCGAUUAUUCAUCAGAUAAUUCACAAUCAGCAGAGUGUACUAGAAAAGCGAUUUCUGGCUAUUUCAUUCAUCAUUAAAAUCA